GUCAAAGGUUAAAGUUGAACCCCGACAACAGGAAACAGGACGGUAGCGGUCUGCAGCUCCAGCAGUCUUUUUCUGAGACUCGCUUUAAUUAAUUUGCUUCAGGACAAAUUACGAUUAAAAAAAUAUGUUGCUGUCGGCAUUACGGACACGGUUUUUUUGUGGCUGCAGAAGUGCUGGUAAACAGUUUCAAUACAGCAACAGGAGUCCACAGGUUCGACAAUGGCUUGUGAAGAGAAAUCAGAGCACCAUUACAGUGGAGGCAGGAACGUCCUCCACUCCAGCCGCUACCGUUCCCAACGCAGCCACAAACCGGAUAGUUGGUCGCUGGUUACUUGGCUGCAGUGGGUUGGUUGUUGGAGCUGUGGUUUUGGGUGGGGUUACAAGGCUAACAGAGUCUGGGCUGUCCAUGGUUGACUGGCAUUUGGUCAGAGAGAUGAAACCUCCUCAAACACAAGAAGAGUGGGAGGCUGAGUUUUUCAAGUACAAGCAGUUUCCAGAGUUCAAAAUACUGAAUCAUGAAAUGACUCUGCCAGAAUUUAAAUUUAUCUUUUACAUGGAGUGGGGCCAUCGCAUGUGGGGCAGGCUGGUUGGUUUGGCAUACAUCCUUCCCACCAUCUACUUCUGGAGAAAGGGAUACUUCACACGCUCCGUGAAGGGAAAAGUGUUGGGGCUUUGCGGAUUUGUCUUCUUCCAGGGUCUUUUGGGGUGGUACAUGGUGAAAAGUGGACUGGAGGAGAAGCAGGACUCGUACGAUGUCCCCCGGGUCAGUCAGUAUCGUUUGAGUGCUCAUCUGGGUUCUGCUUUGUUGCUCUACACUGCCAGUCUGUGGAUGGGGCUUACCAUGCUGCUUCCAGCUCACAAGAUGGUGGAAUCUAAACAUCUUAUGCAGCUCAGAAGGUUUGCCAAAGGUACUGGUGGACUGGUCUUCCUGACUGCUUUAUCAGGUGCAUUCGUUGCCGGUCUGGAUGCUGGGCUGGUGUAUAACUCUUUCCCAAAGAUGGCAGAUAAAUGGAUUCCUGAUGAUCUGCUGGCCUUCUCUCCUACCCUCAGGAACUUCUUUGAAAAUCCCACCACUGUGCAGUUUGACCACAGAAUAUUGGGGAUCUCAUCUUUGGCAGCGAUUACAGGUCUCUAUCUGUUCUCACGGAGGAUGGUGUUGCCCAGGAGGGCUAAGAUCGCCAUCAGCCUCCUGGCGACGAUGGCUUAUACACAGGUUGCCCUUGGCAUCAGCACGCUCUUGCUGUAUGUCCCCACUCCACUGGCAGCCACUCAUCAGUCUGGUUCUGUGGCUCUCCUCACAUUUGCCAUUUGGGUUCUCGCAGAACUGCGCAGAAUGCCUAAAUAAGCAUUGCCACCUUUCCAUACAGCCUUAUUGACAUUACAGACUCUGCAGAGCGACACAGUGAAACAUUUGGAGGGAAAAGUGCAAAAGCGGAUGGGUGAAAGUCACCAAACUGUCGUUUUUGCUGGGUUCCUUUGUCUUAAGUUUUUUUUUUUUUUUUCACAUAAAAGCAAUCGGCUGCUUUUCUUUAAAAAUAUGUCAGGAAAGCAGUUUGAUGUGUUCAUUAAUUUAUACAUCCUCUUAAAGUUUCCAAAUGUAUGUAAAUCUGAAAAUUGUGACAUCAAUUUAAGCACAUUUGAACAGUUUGACUCUGGUGUUAUACAUUUAUUUAAAGGAUUGUUUUCAUUAUUUUUCAUUUUUAAAGAUUUGCUUUGUUUCGCUCACCAAAGCUCACCAAAAAUCAUAAUAAAAGCUUAAAAAGUCAUA